AUGGCUUCGGCGACCUUGAGCAGCCGGGACUUGAACGUCCUCGAAAAGAUUAAAGAUCCCGAAUUCGACCCCGCUGCGAUUGUCAGAUUAGAAGCCUCACUGCCCGCAGACCCUCACAUACAGGAUGCCGACGUGUACAAGAAGGUGGUCGAGAGAGAACGAGGAAUCGUCAUGGAGAUGCAACAAGCAGACAGCCAGCCGGAGGAGGCGGAUGCUCAAGAUGCAGUCGAAGCGGCAUAUAGAAAGGCCGUUCUCGCCUUCGAUCAGCUCAUUGAGGAGUAUCCGGAUUAUGCAAGUGCCAGAAAUAACAGGGCCCAGGCCCUGAGACGACUGUACGGCGACUCGAUGAUGCUAUCACAGCAGGAGCCUUCGCCCCGAGCCUUGGUGCCGAAAAUUGACGACAUUCAGGAGCAUUCUCGCGUGGUAAAUAAGACACUUGCAGACCUUGACAAAGCCAUAGAACUGCUCUCCCCGAGAACGCCAUGGCAGCCAUUGUCACCCGCCGCUGCCAAUACCCUCUCCCUUGCCCACACCCAAAGAGCAGCUAUAUACUUGGCCGCAUCCAAGCUUGUCGCCCAGGGCGUCCCGCAGAUAUCACACGGAAGAAAGGAGAGUGGCUGGAGGACGCUCGAGUUUGAGGCUGCUGCCUCACGGGACUUUGCCAUCGGCGGCAGAUAUGGUAAUGACAUUGCAAAGGGCCUUGCUGUGAGCACCAAUCCAACUGCUAAGCUGUGUGGACAAAUGGUUCAGGAAAUGAUGAAGAAAGAGUAUGGAGAUGAGUUCGCUCGGUAG